GCUUUGGCAACGAAGAGGCGGAGAAUAGGGGGACUCUACAUUGUUGCCUAUGUUUUUUCAUUCAGAGCAAGAAUCCGGCUAUUCUAUGGAUGCUCAAUGACAAACAGAAUUGGAUAGGAUUUAUUUCUCGAAUAUCCUAACGCGAAACAGUUCAGUGAGAAGUGGUGCAGUUUAUAAUUGUGACGAAAUAAAAAUAGUGAUUAUACUCGCGUGGCAACAUUGCGGUCUUACGAUCCAAACAAAUAUUUUGUAGUUAUGUUUUCAGACAGAAGCGUGGUAGUAUAGCAGUGCGUAAUGCCUAUGUGAAUGUUGUUAUUGGAAUAUCGUCAUUUGUGUUGUUCCUCAACGAUUGGAGAUUAAGAACACGACCGUCUUGAAUGAACGCAACUGCAUUUUGUUUGUGUAUUCUGAACACAUGCUACAUAAACGAAUUAGUGCUGGAAAAUAGGGUUGUAUUAACUUUUUAAAGACACCAAAAUAACAUUGGAGUAAUAGUGUAGUCAACACUUUUUUUCUGAUCGUGAAUGAACAGGAUAUGAAAUGGAAACCACAAACACCUUUCACCCAAGGAAUUGAUAAAUAUGUACAAGAGAAUGAGAAAAAACUAUGAAACUUUGAGAUUUCCUUUGGACAAAAGUGAAUAAGAUGUUUACGCUGUUCAACACUGAACAACUCGAGAUACAACGCACCGAACUGGAAAGUACAGAAAUCCAAGCAAGGAAUCGCAAAGACCAAUGUCUAUAUUUUGCGCCUAAUGGCCGCAGAAGGCAUUUCUCAAUCGACCAGUCAACCUCCUUGGAGGAGCGUCUUCGUCACAGGGCCAAUCACUCUCUUCGUCCUUCUAAUCAUCUGCGAUGUUUCAGCACAGAAUGCUCUAAGCGAGUACCAAGAUGGAAUUUGCAAGAGCGUGGACAUUAGAAAUUCAUUGGAAACGUUCGAGAGGCUGAGAGGUUGUCGUGUCGUGGAAGGUUUUGUACAAAUAUUACUAUUCGACAAUGUAAACAAGACUUUAUUAUCGAAUAUUAGUUUCCCUGAACUCAUGGAAAUAACAGACUAUUUAUUAUUAUAUAGAGUAAAUGGACUGCGAAGUGUAGGACAACUCUUUCCUAAUUUAACAGUUAUAAGAGGACAAAAUAGUUUUUAUAAAUACUCUCUCAUAGUGUUCGAAAUGUCAUCACUUCAGGAGAUCGCACUGCAUUCAUUAUCGAACAUAACCAAUGGAUAUAUAAGAAUAGACAAGAACCCAUCUUUAUGCUUCAUCAAAUCCAUCGAUUGGGAGAAAAUUGUUAGCGGUAAUGAACAAGAUAUAAAUUAUAUCAACCCAAUGAAACCUGAGAACGAGUGUCCUAUAUGUCCUGGAGAAGAAACCUCAAAAGAAGUGAUUGGAACCCAAUCUUGCCCCAUUGCUCCUUACAAAUCCAAAACUAUAGAAGUCAAUAGAAAGAGACAUCUCUGCUGGAAUAGGUCUCAUUGCCAGAAAAUCUGCCCUAAAAACUGCACUGCCUGCAAUAACAGAGGAGAGUGCUGCAAUAAAGACUGUCUAGGUGGCUGUGCUGAUGAUGAUGUGAACAACUGUAAAGUUUGUAGUAAUUUCGAAGUGUGGGAAGGUGGUGUACGUAAAUGUGUGGAUAAAUGCCCUCACAACACCUUAGAAUUUUUAGGUAGAAGAUGCAUUACCCCAUCCGAAUGCAAAAACAUGCCAAGACCUAUCAAUCUACCUGGUAGUGAACCUUUGCACCCCUACAAUAUCCAUCUGAAUAAAAAAUGCGUUCUCAAAUGCCCUGUGAAUAUGAACGUCGAUCAACAGAUCUGCGUGCCAUGUGAAAAAGGUAAAUGUAAAAAACCCUGCCAAGGCAUGAACAUCGACAGCGUGGAGACGGCCAAACAACUGACUGGGUGCACUCAAAUAACUGGUUCUCUUGAGAUACAAAUACGGGGAGGAAGUAAUGUGGUCAACGAACUCGAAGAAAGCUUGAGCAUGAUCGAAGAAAUUGACGGCUAUCUCAAAAUCGUUCGAUCUUUUCCCUUGGUGUCUUUGAACUUUCUGAAGAGUCUGAAACGAAUAAGAGGCAAUUCUCUGGACAGUCAAAAAUCGGUCUUCGUCGUGUUGGAUAACCAGAAUCUGCAAGAUCUUUGGGACUGGAAGGACAACAGAACCUUGACAAUUGACAAGGGACGUCUGUUUUUUCAUUUUAACCCGAAACUAUGCCUGGAUAAGAUAAGAACCUUGCAGAGUAAAACUGGACUCUACCCUCCUUUCACUGAACUAGAAGUAGCAAAUAGUUCCAAUGGGGAUAAAAUUGCCUGUGAUGUUAAACAGCUGAACGUGAGCUUGAAACAAAUUGGUAGCAGGGCAGUUUCUAUCAGUUGGCAGCCGUUUAAACUUGAUGACCAACGAAAUUUGUUGGGAUAUAUCGUUUACAGUAUUCAGACCAAAUACAGGAAUCUCACUUUGUACGAUGGAAGGGAUGCUUGUGGUGGUGAUGGAUGGCGAGUGGAUGAUGUCACUAUACAGGAGGAUCACGAACAAGAAGUUGUUCACCUCUUGACCCAUUUGAAACCCUACACACAGUAUGCUUUCUACGUGAAGACUUACACAAUUGCAAAAGAAAACAAUGGAGCACAAAGUAACAUAACUUAUUUUACAACGAGUCCAUCAGAACCAUCUACUCCUCCAAAGUUGACCGUGACCAGCGACAGCAGUGACUCAUUGAAAAUAACAUGGGCGCCUCCACUAAAUCCCAAUGGUAACAUCACCCAUUACAUUGUCUGGGGUAAAAAGCAGACCAGCAACAUCGACUUCUACAGGAACUUUUGUGAAGAUUCUAAUUUCAUCACGAUUGUAGCAGCCCCUACCCAUCAGACAACAAGCAGUGAACCACCUCCGAACGUUGAUAAUUCGAGCAAUAUCACUAACGGCACCUGCUCCUGCGAUGACAAGGGUAUGAAAGAAAGCAGCAUCAACGAGGAGAUCCAGACCGAUAGAAUUGAGUUUGAGAACGCGCUUCAUAACGAAGUGUACAUCAGAAAACCAAUCGAAACCAGAAAGCGUAGAGCUGCUGAGUUCGUUAAUUCGACAAUUAGAGGUGGCGAUUUAUUCCAUAAAGAGGUCCCGUCUCCGCAAACGGAAUUGGUGAUUAACAAUCUGCAUCAUUUUACAUCCUACGAAAUCUCUGUACAAGCCUGCCGUAAGAAGGAAGAAGGAAAAGAGGAAGAUAGGAAUCCCGAGCUGUGCAGCCAAACGAAACAAGAGAACAAUGUAAAGACGUUGGUGAAAGAUGGCGCGGAUGAUAUCAAGAGGAUUUACGUUAUCAACCAAACGAUGGAGAGUGUGACCAUCAGAUGGGACGAUUUGGAAGAUCCAAAUGGAAUGAUCUUCAAGUACUUCAUCGAGUAUAAAAGAAACACAGAGAAUGCCAAGCCUUCUGUUAAUUGUAUUACACACGACGAUUGGAAGAAGCAAGGCAGAAUAUAUACCUUGAAGUUGAGUCCUGGCAAUUAUAGUCUCAGGGUACGCGCAAUAACUGCUGGAAGUUUUGGGAAGUAUUCUCCUUAUGCCUUUUUUGUGAUAAAAGAACCCAGCAAAUUCACCGUUUUAAUCAUGAGUAUUGUUCUACCUCUAUUUGUGAUGGGUUUGCUGACGAUAUUCUUGUGUUAUAAAAAGCAGAAAAUGCAGAAAAACGGUCCUGGAAUAUUAGUUCCUACAAUCAAUCCUGAAUAUAUGCCAACUGUGUAUGUCCCUGACGAGUGGGAAAUACCAAGAAAAAAUGUUGAAUUGAAGACUGAAUUGGGACAGGGUAGUUUUGGUAUGGUUUAUGAAGGAAAAGUAUUCGAUAUAAGAGGAAUUGCCGAGAUGAAAUGUGCCGUUAAGACCGUAAAUGAUAAUUCUACGGAUAGCUCUUUAUAUUGCAGAGAACGUCUAGAAUUUCUGAACGAGGCAUCAGUCAUGAAGGGCUUCGAUACGGCGCAUGUGGUUAAACUGCUCGGUGUCGUGUCGCAAGGCCAACCUACGUUUGUAGUUAUGGAAUUAAUGGCGAAUGGCGAUUUAAAAUCAUAUCUCAGGUCGCAAAGGCCAGAUUCCGAUAGCUUCACGCCGAACGGAAGACAUUCCCCCACCCUUAAGCAAAUCCUGCAGAUGGCCAUCGAAAUAGCAGACGGAAUGGCUUAUUUGUCCGCUAAGAAAUUCGUGCACAGAGACUUAGCAGCGAGGAACUGCAUGGUUUCCGAGAACUUAGUUGUUAAAAUCGGCGACUUCGGCAUGACACGUGAUAUUUACGAAACUGAUUACUAUCGAAAAGGGACUAAAGGACUCCUGCCGGUCAGAUGGAUGGCUCCAGAGAGCCUCAAAGACGGAGUUUUCACGAGUAGCAGCGACGUUUGGAGCUACGGCGUUGUCCUAUGGGAGAUGGCAACGCUGGCUUCGCAGCCUUACCAAGGCUUAUCGAACGAUCAAGUUUUAAGGUACGUUAUAGACGGAGGAGUGAUGGAACGGCCAGAGAAUUGCCCAGACAAGCUGUACACUUUGAUGAGGUUUUGCUGGCAGCACAAAGCGUCGGCUCGACCGUCAUUCUUGAAGCUGUGCUCACUGCUGUUGGAAGACGCCAGUCCAGGGUUUGCAGAAGUGUCGUUUUAUCACAGUUCGGCCGGACUAGAAGCUCGCACUUCCCGUCCAACCCCGUCACCCUCGCAAGAUGAUCCCAGCACGCCACUGAGGCCUAAAGAAGACACGGCCGAUAAUUUGUCCUUGACGAAUUCCAAUCAGGAUUCGGAUAUCGAGUUGGAUAUCGAAUCCGGUACUCAUAUUAACUUUCCCAGUAUUAAUAAUUACGACUGCAAAGACAGUGUUACUACUACAGCUAACGGUUAUUUAAGUGGCUGUCCAACAAAUGGUGUGGCAACGACGCAGUGCUAGUUGUUGGGUACAUAUCAUAUUUCAAGUAUUUCUUGAGGUCUGACUAGGUUACUCAUAAAAUUGUGAAUCCUCAAGUCCAGUCAAACUAUGUAUAUCUCUACCAUCUCAGCUUUACAGCAGCAACAUUAUACCUAUAUGUACAUAAUAAGUGUAACAACUUUUCUGAACAACCUUAAAAUCUGACGAUAUUUAUCGAUACUUUGGCUGGACUAUGAACCUUACGUCUUUUUCUAUCAUUCUGAAUGCAGAAAAAUUCUAUUCUUCUCAAGCAGCUUGAACCAGUGAAAAGCUUUAAGUGCAUGACCUCUUUCUGUGAAUAAGAUGUUUGAAUUUCAAGUUAUAAAUGAAAACUAUAAUUUUAUUUUCAGUGGGAAACAACCAUAACGGCUGAGAAAAUGCUAAAAUUUAACUCACAUAGCCUCUUCCUGAUAGUUCCUAUAUUUUCAUAUCACUAGAGGCGGCUAAAGAGGAAAUUGAAUUGAGGUUUCCUUUUGAUUUAUCCCUUCUCACUACUAAGUAGUUUGUAAUAUCAGUAUAGACAGUAACGCUGCAGUUUAGAACAGCGAAUUGAAGAGCAUAUUAAUCAUUGUAAGGAGCUUAAAUGAGUACACACAUUCAGCACUCAAAUAUUAAAUGACCCGGUAGGUCCUCGUGGUAUUCACUCGCCGAAUGUUAGGUUUUGCUUCUUUUUGUUUUCAAGGACAAAACAACGAUUCCGUUUUAUUAUUUCAGUGUAUCUUUGAACAAUCCUGUGCCUAUUGGCAGAUGUUCUCAUUGUUCAUGUUGGAAAGUUUUCAUCUGGCAGAAGAUUCUAGUUUUCGGAAAAAGACGUAGGGAGUUCUAAAAACCUUCUGUUCGAAUUACCAAAGAUACAUUUAUUUAUGGAAUUGCUACGCUGAAUUUUCAAGUUUUCUGGUUGAUCAAGUGUAGCUUUCGAUGAUUUUUUUUGAAAUAAUAGGAAGACGUUUAGGCCGUUCAAAGUGACAUCAUUUUCUUUUAUUAUGUCGAAAAAUUCACGUAAUCGAAACGACCAUUUCAUUGUGUAUAUUCCUCUGUAGAAUAAAAUAUCAUACGUCUCUAUUCCUUAUCAUCCCCUAAUUCAUAUAUUUUUUCGAACAUAACAUUCAUGCGAAAUUUUGAUUAUGUGAAUUGAUAUAUUAACAAGAAAAUUUGAAUGGUGUGGUGCAGCAUCCAUGGUUCAAACAGCGCAAAUUUUUUUUGUAUUUGCCAAUUUUUUUUUGAGGUAUGGACUGAAUGCUAUACUUUCGAAAUACUUGAUUGAUUGAUUGGUUCUGUUUUGAAACUUGAUUACGUAUGUGCUUUUUACCAUGCAAGACUAGUCUAUUAUUUUUUUAUAUCUAUGGAUACUCUAGAUUAAGAUAAUUGUCUAAUUACUGAUAUUUAUGUAUGCUAACCAUUGAACUAAAAUUGCCUUAUUAAAUGAAGAUUGUGUUUGGAAACCUCUUAUUAGCAAAUAAUGAGAAUAUUUUGUAUUGUACCCUGAACGAUACAUCUCAGCCUGACUUUUGAGUUCCUCUUAUUUACAGAUACAACUAAUUGACUAUAUGUAUUAGUCUGAUUUAAGUUUCCAUUGUAUCUAUUGAUUUCUUAUUUAUAUUUUCAAUUGAAUAUUUUGUACUGUGUAAAAUAAUGUAAAUUCAACUAUUAUUUUGUAUGAAUAAAUUAAAUUAUUAGA